AUGAAAUUCAUCGUUUUUCUCGCAUGUGUAGCUGCUGUCACUACAGCUGAAAAUGCCGGAAAUGAGCGUAUUCUGCUUGACAUCAUUAGUCAAAUAUUGGAACAUUUAAGACCUAGGCCAAUAGUGGUGGAAGAGUCAGUUGCAGUGGAACAUAUUGUACACGAUCCUAUUGUAGUUCAGAAACCCGAAAUCGACUCAUAUGAGCCAAUUAUCGUCGACCCCAUCAUCAUAGAUGAGAUUCCGGUAGAACACUCACCUAUCGAAAUACCAGAUUCCGUGUACCCUGUUCUUCCGGCUCCAGUUUUCCCUUCUCCCGUGUUCAAGUCUCCCCUAGUCCAGCUUAUUGUUAAUGUCAAAUCUGAAUCUGGGGUCGUCGGCAGCCCUGUAAUUGUUGGGCCCGCUAUUGUUUCCCCUGAUGUAGUCGGUUCACCUGACAUCAUCGUUGGGCCCGCUAUUGUUUCCCCUGAUGUAGUCGGUUCACCUGAUAUCAUCGUUGGGCCCGCUAUUGUUUCCCCUGAUGUAGUUGGUUCACCUGAUAUCAUCGUUGGGCCCGCUAUUGUUUCCCCUGAUGUAGUCGGUUCACCUGAUAUCAUUGUUGGGCCCGCUAUUGUUUCUCCUGAUGUAGUCGGUUCACCUGAUAUCAUCGUUGGGCCCGCUAUUGUUUCCCCUGAUAUAAUCAUUUCU